AUGGCCCGGCUCGGAAUCCGGCAGCCGGACGAAGAAAUCGUCACGGGCACGACCGUCAUGAUCGACGCCGCCGUUGCGCCGAACCCGGCACCUAGCGACGGCAUCAGCACCCCGGAGAAAACGCAGCCGCCGCCGGCUGGCGCCCCGGGCCCGCCCGGAAACCUCAAGAAAAACGCCGGCGGCAUCAUCCUCCAUCCACAGCCGAUGGACGACCCGAACGACCCGUUGAACUGGCCCACGCUACGCAAGGACUUGUGCUUCUUGAUCAUCGGCUUCCAGACCUUCCUAGGCGGCGGCCAGACGCCGAUUCUCGCGGCGGGGUUCAACGACUUGCUGGCCGAAUUCGGCCGCCCGUUGACGUCCAUCUCGUAUCUCGUCGGCGCUUUCAUGCUAGCGCUCGGCUUCGGGUCGCUUUUCGCCAGUCCCACGGCCAUUCUCUACGGCAAGCGGCUCGUCUACCUCGUGGGAAUUGUUGUGUUUCUCGUGGGCAGUAUUGUAUGUGCUGCGUCCGCCAAUUACGGCGGGCUCAUGGCCGGCCGCAUUCUCACGGGAUUCGGCUCCUCGCCCACCGAAAGCUUGGCCUCCGCCAGCCUCAGCGAGAUGUACUUCCAGCACGAGCGCGCAUACCGCACGGGGCUCUACACGCUCUUGCUUCUCGGCGGCAAGAACAUCUUGCCGCUCCUCUCCUCGCUCAUAUUCCAGCACUUGGACCGCCACUGGCUCUUCUGGAUCCAGCUGAUGUUCCUCGCGCUCAUCCUCAUUCUCACUUUCUUGUUUGUGCCCGAGACGUACUGGGACCGCACCUCCGUGCCCGACCACAUCCCUGUCAUGGACUCCACGUCGCUCCGCCGGCUGGCCGACGAAAACACCUACACCAAUAGCGCGCUGGCGGGCUCAGCAAGCAUGGACUCCCAAGCCGGGGCCGCAGGACACCAAGCGCUGGCCGCGGACCCCAAAAUAAGGCCCAGCAAUCCGCCGGCAGCUCUCGCGGGAGGCAGCGCAAGCCCGCGCACCUUCGUCAACGAGCAAGCAGGCCAAACAGCUCCGCCCCAAAGUUUCACACAUCGGCUCCAUCUAGUGUCAGGCAGGCACUCUGCCGACAAGUGGUGGAUGGUGGCGCUCCGCCCAAUGUUUCUCUACGCGUAUCCUGCGGUUCUUUAUGGCUCGCUUGUCUACUCACUCGCCGUGGUGUGGCUCAUUGUCAUCUCCGAGGUUCUCACUGAGAUCUUCCAGGCAGAGGAGUACGGGUACUCGGCACAAACAGUGGGCCUCUUCUAUAUCUCACCGUUCGUGGGUGGCAUUCUUGGCUCGCUCUGCGCAGGGAUACUUGGGGACAAGAUCACCCGGGCCAUGGUGCGCAGAAACCACGGAAUCUACGAGCCGGAGUUUCGCUUGAUCAUGUUGGUGCCUUCCACACUCUUCACGUGUAUCGGGCUCAUGGGCUUCGGCUGGUCGGCUUACGUGACGGACCCGUGGAUUGCACCUGUGAUAUUCUUCGGCUGCCUUAGUUUCGGCUCGUCGAUGGCAUCCACCACUGCCAUCACAUUCACGAUUGACUGCUACAAGAUGUUCGCAGCAGAGGCGUUAGUCUCGUUCAACUUCGCCAAGAAUAUCAUUGGUUUCGUGUUCUCUUUAUUCAACAACCAUGCAUAUGCGUCUUUGGAAGGAAAAGAUUUGUUUGUUAUUUAUGGAUGUGCGCAGUUGUUUCUUAGUUUAUUGGGUGUGUUGAUUUACGUGUUUGGGAAAGUAUGGCGGUCCUGGACAGACGACUUGAACUUGCUUAGGUGCUUGUAUCACAAGGAUGAGUUGGUCUCUGCUCUGGUGUCCAACGCCGACCGUUCACUUCGCCUGAAGCCUCGAUAG